CCCCCCGUCACGUGACGCGGUGGCGGGCUCCUCCGAACCGCCGCGAUCCCGGGAGCGGCCGCGGGGCCCGAGCUGUGCUGAGCACUCAGCACCAUGGCCAUGCAGAUGCAGCUGGAAGCAAACGCAGACACGUCAGCAGAGGAUGAGAGCUUUGGACCUCAGCUCAUCUCCAGGUUAGAGCAAUGUGGCAUCAAUGCAAAUGAUGUGAAGAAGUUAGAAGAAGCUGGAUUUCACACAGUGGAGGCUGUUGCUUAUGCACCAAAGAAGGAGCUUCUGAAUAUUAAAGGCAUCAGUGAAGCCAAAGCUGACAAAAUCUUGGCUGAGGCAGCCAAGCUGGUUCCCAUGGGCUUCACCACAGCCACGGAAUUCCACCAGCGAAGGUCAGAGAUCAUCCAGAUCACCACUGGCUCCAAGGAACUGGAUAAACUUCUUCAAGGAGGAAUAGAAACGGGGUCCAUAACGGAGCUGUUCGGGGAGUUCCGCACGGGCAAGACCCAGCUGUGUCACACCCUGGCAGUCACCUGCCAGCUGCCCAUCGACCGCGGCGGCGGGGAGGGCAAGGCCAUGUACAUCGACACCGAGGGCACCUUCCGCCCCGAGCGCCUCCUGGCCGUGGCUGAAAGGUAUGGCCUGUCUGGCAGUGACGUCCUGGACAACGUGGCCUACGCGCGGGGCUUCAACACGGACCACCAGACCCAGCUGCUGUUCCAGGCCUCAGCCAUGAUGGCAGAGUCAAGGUACGCCCUGCUGGUGGUGGACAGUGCCACGGGCCUGUACCGCACCGACUACUCGGGGCGGGGGGAGCUCUCGGCGCGGCAGAUGCACCUGGCGCGGUUCCUGCGCAUGUUGCUGCGCCUGGCGGACGAGUUCGGGGUGGCCGUUGUGAUCACUAACCAGGUGGUGGCACAGGUGGAUGGAGCAGCCAUGUUUGCUGCAGAUCCCAAAAAACCUAUCGGGGGAAACAUCAUAGCACACGCUUCCACCACGAGGCUGUACCUGCGGAAGGGCCGAGGUGAGACCAGAAUAUGCAAGAUCUAUGACUCCCCGUGCCUCCCUGAGGCUGAGGCCAUGUUUGCUAUCAACGCUGACGGGGUGGGAGAUGCUAAAGACUGAGGACACUGUUUCCUUUCCUGUGGAACCCAAGCCAAGGUGUCUGGAGAAGGCUCCUUUCCCUGUGGCGCCUUCUGGACUCUUUCCCAGCACAGCUGCUGUUCAGAUGCUGGCAGAGGGACCUGAGCAUAGAAUCCAUCAGGUUGAAUCCACCUUGAGGCACAUCUAGAGGUGUUGCUUGGGGGAGCUCUGCCCUCCUGGGCUUGACUCUGCUCUUAGAUUGACCUGGGCUCUGGAGGACACUUCAGAGGACACGGCCUUGGUGUUGUCCCCAGGGCUGGUGCUCCAGCUGCACUCUACCCAUGGACAGUCAGAUCAAAGUCUGUGUGCCCACAGUUCAUAACCUGGUGAAGCUGAAGUAGCAUUGAGGGUUUGUCAAGUAAGAAGAGCAGGGACCUGGAUACUUCCUGGAUUGCUCUGAUGCUGGGGUCAAGCUGAGCAGUGUUCCACCAGCAGAGCUGCUGCUCACAGUCCUUUAUUCUUUCUGUUAAUUUUGGUUUGGAUGCUGCAAUGUGCUGGGGUUUGGGAGCUGUUAGUUGGCAUUUCCAUUCAUAAUUAUUUUUAUUUUUUUGGUAUUUCAUUAAUUCUCUGUGGAAAUUACUUUUAAUAAAGAGGACCAUGGAAAUACUGCUGCCAUGACAGGUUGCUGGGACUCAGCCAGGUGUUCAUUCAGACAGGUGUUUUUACCUGCAGGCAGGGAGAAGAUACAUAAAAUCUUCAAUGAAUCAGCCUGUUUGUUUUUUUCCUUUUUGAUGCUAAUUAAAUUAAUCAUCUCCUUGAGGUGGGACGUGCAGCACCACCUUCCUGCCAGUGCCCUGGAGAUGCCUUGUAGGAGUUUUUUGAGGUUAAAAAGCUUCUUUUGCAUUCUGCAAUGUUUUCAUAUAAGGUGUAUGAUAUUGUGAACUUGCUCUCAACUUGAUUAAAGAGAACAGUGUCCUGGUGGUGGGUGGCAGCAAGA